CUUUUUGACAGUUUGCGGAUGCGGAUAUCAAUUUGCUGCAGUAGCGAAGCUCUCAAGGCCGUCGGUCUUUAUUUGUCAUCAUAGAUUUUUAUUUAAUUACAAAGCGCCAGGCGUGGUACUCGUGCUCCAUCACGCUUUGGUUGCACGUGAAUAAGUAAAUAAUUCAUAUAGAAGAUAAGUCACUUGUGCUUGUGAAUUACCGCCUAUGUGAUCAAUACAUAGUCGAUGACACCAAAUACGAUGGUCCCGAACCCCAUGUUGCAUUGCUGAAGUGGAUACUAGUUCCUUCCUGUGAAGGAUCGCGAACGCGCUUGCAGGAUGACGAGCAGCGUGAGCAUGGAGCCGCAGGGGGGUGGGAGCAGUUCCUCCUCGCACUCUCCGGUGCCUGCGAGUCUCGGUCUCUACUGCCAACAGCAAGGAUUUCCAGAAUUCGCAUCGUAUUGUGGAACCCAUCCGGACAUCGUCCAAAAUUGUAUCGAGGACCUUACGCGCGCCCUACUAGAAGAAAGGCCAAAGGACCCGAGGCAGUUUCUUCUACACCGCUUACGCGAUGAGUACCCUUUGGAAAAAUUUUCGGUAGGCAGGCGGUCACUGUCGGAAGGAUGUGAAAUAGGCGUUGACCGAUUCAUCCGACUCUUCGAGGCCACGAGGAAUAUCACACACGAGAUCGUAAUCGCUCCUCUGCUUAUAAUAUAUGAGAAGUUCUUGUUGGAUUAGGGUGCACAAGGCGUUUUUUACGGACGAGCUGUAGUCAUCAUUCAAUACCUGAGAAAUAAGUCCAAACAAUUUUGUUGAGAACAGUCUUAUUUUAGUUGCUCAAGCAACGUCUCCACCAUUUUGAAUUUUUUCUACAAGGCAAGCUCUGUAGGAAACAGAUACCGCUAAGGAAGAGCAUGGACCUGCUUGUGCAGGCUGCACGUUGAAGUCCAUUCGUCUCAAAAUACGCAGUACGAUCAACAUUACCCGCUCCCCAGGUGCCAUCAGUUAAGGCAAGAGAGUAAUCGUUCAUCUCUGUAGUUGGUUUCCAAAUGCAAAUCCACAGUGCUUUGACAACUUGACAACAUAUGAAUGUAGUUAUUCGUAUGCGCAGCUCAUUAUCAAUUUAUGCACAAUCAGUAUGUCUUAUGGGAGCUAGAUAUCUGACAUUUCUAAUGCAGAAUCGAUUUCAAUAUGUAUUCGGGAGAGUGUGCGACUCCUCCAGUGCGACAGGGUGAGCAUUUUUAUCUACGACAAAAAAAUCAAAAUGCUGAUCCUUUCGGCGUCCAACUUAUCUUAAGGCUUGCAGAAUUUGGAUAUUUGUGUCCUUUAUUUGACACGUUUGACGAUGCAGAAACGUAGCAAAAAUGAGAGACAAAUAUAUCAGAGUAGUUUAUAGCACGCAUGGUGCAUGGAGUAGCAUGGAGUGCAUGGAGCGCAGAGCUUUAAGGGGCGCAAGAGGCUCCCCCUUUAGCUCCAUGCUACUCCAUGUGAUCCAUGCACUCCAUGCCAUGCGAGCUGUGAAACCUUAUAUAUAAAUUGCUCUGAUAUAUAUAAUACUGUUUCAGCCGCAGCCUUUAACUAUCGAAGCCUAUUCGUGUGAACCCCGGUCAAGGCAUCGCUGGUCACGUCUUCAAGACAGGAGAAACCGUGAAUAUUCCGGAUUGCUAUCAGGAUAGCCGCUUCGACCCAUCCUUUGAUAAGCUGACCGGGUAUCUUAUGCGCCGGGAGUAGUAAUCUUCACCAGAUUGUUCUAAUUCUAACACUUCCUUAGGCAGUUGUUCCACUUAGAACAUGAAGGUGACCGUCUUUUAUUCUGAUUAGCAUAGAAGAAUAAUAGAAAGAAUGCAGACUAGCUUGAGGAGUUCGUUGUUCUUAUUUUUUGCCACCAAGCUUGAUGCAUUUUAUUGCAAUGUUUUGUUUGGUUUUUGAAUGUUUCCCAUGAUGGAUGACCCUAAUCCCCAACCAUGCUCAUUGCUUCAUCUGAUAUACCAAGAGCAUGCUAGUAAAACCGAUCCACGAUUUUGAAGGCGAAGUUAGCGGUGUACUUUAAGGAAUGGAUGAAAAAUCAAGCUCGUACAACGACCAAGAAGCAGAAGCUCAGAAGCACUUCUUGGUACUAGAAGUUUUUGGAGGCAAAGAAAAAGUUUUUCUAAGUCCCGCAGGCCAUCAACAAGGACGAUGGAAUCACGACAGUUUUCACCGAGGCUGACGAAAUCGUGAUUCAAAACUUCAUGCAGCUUGUUGGAAUUACACUGCGGAAUGCAGAGGUAUAUCGCGAUGCCAUCGCGCACUGCAAGCGAGCCCAAGGCAUGAUCAGCAUGCUCAACUCUUUGCCAAAAAAUCUAGGUACGCUUAGUAGAGACAACUGAUGUAUCACUUAGUUUUAUUCUACUAAUACAAACUAGUACCUACGCACUGAGUUCGGAUUGUUUGUUGUUUUUCAAGAAGGAUCAUGGAAUGAAGAGUGUAAUAGAUAUUGCGAACUUUGAUUAUGAUGAUCUCCUUGAUUCCCAUUCAGGUUCUCAGUCGAUGAUCUUAACGCUGACGACCCAUGCGCAUGAGCUUGUCCAGAGCGAUCAUUGUGCGGUUUUUAUCCACGAGGAGAGCAAGGGGACACUUUGGUCCUUGUCUACAGCUGAAGAAAUGCGUAUUUGAGUUUUAGUUUACGAAGAAGCUCGAAAUUCUAUCGCAGAGUAGUUUAUAGCACGCAUGGUGCAUGGAGUAGCAUGGAGUGCAUGGAGCGCAGAGCUUUAAGGGGCGCAAGAGGCUCCCCCUUUAGCUCCAUGCUACUCCAUGUGAUCCAUGCACUCCAUGCCAUGCAAGCCGUGAAACCUUAUAAAUUGCUCUGCUAUCGUUCAUUCUGUUCUGCACAGCAUAAUUGACCACAGCGAAGCGGAUCACUCACCUGAUUUUGGUUUGAGUGUAGAGAUUGAAACAAGGUGUCGGACACCCUAAGAGACCAAGGUGAUGGGAUCUUUGUCCACCAAAAUCCACAGGUAUACCGGAGGACAAGGGAAUUGUUGGAGCGGCCAUAAGGGAGAAGCAAACAAUUAAUGUCGAGAAUGUGAAUCAUGAUGCUCGAUACUGUGAACACGAAAAUCUCUGCGGAAAAUCAUCGUACUUUCAUUUUCAACUUCAUCUGACUAUAUUCGUGCUUCUCUGUUUCCUGCAACAUCGUUAUCCUUUUGCGAAACGCAGAAAAAUGAGUCCCUUCGACCCUGUUAGUUUACCGUUAGUCUCCGUCUCGAACAUCAACCAGAAACACCCGUGCUGAGACAAUGCUUGUGGUCCCUCUUCUUGUCCCAGACGGCGCGCGAGCUCUGUAUGAAUGAAGCUUGUUUAACUUCUUCUUGACGGUAUUCUAGUGCAUUUUUCAAGGAAGAAAAGGGCCGUAAUGAUCUGCCUACGUAAUUCAGAUUUAAGUACUUACAUAUAGAAGAUUAUCGUAAAGACGCCUUCUACAACAUUCUUCAUACCCUGGGUCUGAUCGUGAUGCAAAAUAAGCGAGAAUUUGAUGGGGAAAUCGCGGCGUUUAACGAUGAAGAUAUCGAAAUCAUGGAAACCUUCGCGAAGCUGGCAGCCGACAGAAUCAAAGACUCCACGUUCUCCCACCAAACUAGUGUUAAGACAAAGUUUCCACGAUACUGGUUUCAUUUUCACGAAUACAACCGGCUCUUCUUUCGAUUCCUAGCAUAUUACUUCCCAUUAUGUCUCAUUGAGAUCGUCGAUGAUUAGCCUCGUCUUUAGUCUACCCCACUCGAAAAGAAGAAGAAGAAGAAAAAGAAGACCACCCCGCCCAGGCACUCCAUCCCCUCUGGUGCUCUCGGAUUUUGCCUCCCCCAUUCGAAGAAGAUGUGCUCGGCUUCCACUUCCCUACUUCACUUUUGGCGGGCAUAUUGUAAUUAAUUUGAUGAAGAGGGGAACCUGAGGCAGGGAAUCCCGAAGAAAAGAAUUUAAGAAAUGAAUUACUCAUCGACACUAGCGCUAAUAGCAGGCCGAAGCUGACAGAAGCGGGACGAAUCUUCGGAUCGAACUUGACAAACAAAGGUCUAAAAACACUUUUAUGUUCCGCUAAAAUGGAUUGAGAUAGAUACCAGACUUUGACUUUUUGUCGUAGGAUCAACAAAGUCUUAAUCAUGGAGAAAUGUGAAGUUUUUAUGGACGCAGCAGGUUCCGGCGAUCCGACUUCCAGUGGUAGCCUAGGCGCUGGACGCGCACGCGGUACUAGUACAUAUCGAAGUACGCGUGGCGACAAUGCCAUUCGAGAGGCCGACGAUGAAUUAGGAACGAUUCUGACAAACGUGGUUACUUAUAAGGACAAGUAGUGCCCUCUUUUUCAUUCAAAUAAAGUGUACACUCUCAUUGUCGUUUUUUGAGUACAAUUGGUUCCGGUGGUUUCGCUUAGUAUAAUACGGAGGAUUAGUACAUGUUGAGUAGCACCAGUCCUUCUACUUUCGCCGACGAAACAUGUCAGUAGUGGACAUUGAUUUCCCUUUCUAUUUGUUGUUUAUCGAGCAAGGAGGCAAAGACUGAUCGUCUAAGAAAUGACGAGGAGGAUCUAGAGAUGCCUGGCAGUGUAAAGCUGAGUCCGCGGAGUAGUGCUAGAAAAAGUGCGAGACUUUCCGUGUCGGGGGUAAAAAUUAUGACUACUAAAGCAAAGAUGUAAUAAUUGAUCUUUACUAGACAUCACCACUUUUCUCGUCCAUGUUCCACUUAGAAUUUAGAGGGUCUACACGGAUUUGUUUUCAACUCCCUCCCCGUCCCUCGUCAGACUUACCUCGUGAAUGGGUAUACUGCUACUACUCUCAUCUGAGUUUUUUCUUGACGUUGUCUAAACAAUACGGCAAAACGGCAGCUGAAGAAUUAGAUCGAUUGCUUCAAGAGAGAGGCAAAGAGAGCUCCCCCGAUGCGGCGGGGAUGCCAACGCUCUUGCUUAUGGACCAGAACGCUGUUUAACAGUUUGUUAGAUUUUCUUUUCUUGUAUAGGCUCUUUCAGAUUCAUAAGAUAGAGUAAAAGAUCAGGAUUCUUUUUGGAUAGUCUCUAGGUGCUUACAAGGUCCUCUAAAUCGAAGUCCGGAGGUCGCGACAGUGGCAACCACGUGGAGCUUGAGUCGACUGCAUUCAGCAGCGCCAGUAUGCGCGAAGAUGCUACCGAAGUCGAAAAAACUGUCGACGACGAAAAGUGAAGAUAAUGGCACUUCUCUUAUAGAUUCUACUUAGAUAGCACUAGAUUAUUUUUUUAUAGAUCAACACCAGAAUUAGCUUUGUUACUUAGAUCUAGACUACUCGAAUCACAGAGUAUAGAUUCUGUAGCUCUGCUGGUUCAGAAUUCGAUAGAUACGCUACUAGCGCCGAAAAUACUCUUAUUUCUCAGAGUAGACACGACUUCCUAUAGUCUGGGACGUCUUCGUAUAAAUGAAAAUAGAUUAAUCAUCAACCUAAGAACUUUUUUCCUUUUUCUGUUUGCAAUCGAAUAAAAGUCGCAAUAUGUUGAUCCUUGGCGUCAAGACGGCAAUGCCUUCGAUCCUCGUGUUAUUUGCAACUUACUUGUGACUUAUUUUUAGUAGUGACACUGGCAUUACCUCACAUAAAGUAGUACUUGUGGGAAAUUGCGAGUGCCGGCUAGUAGAAGUUGCAUCAGUUUUUUGCCCCUGCUAGCGAGUAAGAGAUGAGUGUGUAGCACUAGUGCUAGUACCUUAUAUAUUAUAUUUAUAUAGCUAUGUUUGUUGUAACUGGCCUCAACACUGGAUAGUUGCCAUUUGGUCAGGGGUUCCAUGACAUGACAUUAACGGUGACCUGCAAAAUGAAGUCUGCGAAGUCUUGUAUCAAAAAUUUAAGACGAUGAAAAAGAGAAACUACUACUGAUACUGGUUGUCUGGAGUUGAUGAUAGCAAAAAAGUGUUUCAUG